UUUGUCAUUGACAGCGUGCAGACAAAUGGUCAAUUACCUGAUGCGACACGUUUCCCUCGUAUAACAGUUGGGAUUUUUAGCGCAGGGAAACAUGAGUGAUGUCUGUCGCUUACUUAUAGAAAUGCCAUUUCAAUUGUAGCUCUCAGUAUUUCUAGGGAAAUGCACACCUUGUAUGACAGUAUAGACCCACAGGCGACUUCAUUAGGUACAGGCUUGUACACUGUAAUCCUAAAGUGAUGAAUUGUUUUAGCAACAAUACUCAGAUAGGCAGUAACAUUUAAACAAUGCUCUAUUAUGUUGGUACUAUGAGGCCCAAAGUCGUCACACACACAAAAUAUAACACACAUUACACCAAAAAGAGCAUGCUAUCAUGUGGUUUACACCAAUUUUUAACCCUACUGUCCAAAUCUGACAGCAGAAAUUGAGACUCAUCCAACCAGACUCAUCCGCUUGCUCAUAGGGUCUCGACUUGAUUGUUGGGGUUUUGUCUAUUUUCAAAGUAUUAUUGUAGGGUCUUUACCUUACAAUGUAAAGCACCUUAAAACUCUUAGAAUAAGAUUGAAUUGAAUUUCUUCAAUCGUGUAUUGUCCAGUAUUGGUGCAAAUCGACGCCCAUGUGAAUUAUAGCCUCAUUUUCCUAUUUCCUUAUCUAUGGACUGGCUACAUUGUGAUCUUCUGCUGCUCUAGCCCAUCUGCGUCAAGGUUUGACCUGUUGUUUGGUCAGAGAUGCUCUUCUGCAUACUUGCGUUGUAACGAGUAGUUAUCUGAGUUACUGUUGCUUUAGUUAAAGCUCAAAGCAGUGUGUUCGUUCUUCUCUGACCUCUGACACCAGGAAGGCAUUUUUGCUGUCACACACUGGAUUUGUUUUCCUUUGUUUUGGACCAUUCUCUAUAAACCCUGGAGAUGACUGUGUAGGAAAAAUCCCAGAAGAUCAGCGUUUUCUGAAAUCCUCAGACCAGCCUGUUUGGCACCAACAGCAGUGUCAUGUUGAAAGUCACUUACAUUAAAUUUCUUCCCUAUCCUGAUGCUCUGUUUGAACUUCAGCAGGUCGUCUUGGCCAUGUUUACAUUAAUUAGAUUAGAUAUUUGCAUUAACGAGUAGUUGAACAGCUAUUCUUAAUAAAGUGACUCAGUGUAUAGCUUCAUAUUUUCUCCUGUUAAAACUAAAACUAGCAUCCUUAUGAUUGACCUGAAUGUAAAGUCCACGUGAACUGCUCCAUGACUCAUGCUAUUUGAAAAAAAAAAGCAUUCUAGCACUGAGCUAUACAGAGGGGCGAGCGCCAAAUACAGACGCGCGAGUGUGUGUGUGUGUGUGUUUGAAAGAUAAAGAUAGAAGCCCGUAGAAAAACGUGGGCUAGAUUAAGCUUCUGCUUUGGCUGCUGAAAUGGGGGAGGGAGGACGGGAAGCAGGAGAAAAGCCAUUGUAGGUUGGCGAGAGCGAGUGAGCGAGGGGAAGGUUUGUAAGAGAUGGAGGUUUAUUUUAUAAUAUGUUAUUUGUAAGAGCAGCAUCACAGAUAGAGGGAGGUGAAAGUGGGCAAAAUGCAGGAAAAACAGGAUUCUCAGAGCCGAGCCCCGGGCAUCCCGGGGAAGGCUCACCCAGCUCUCAAAGCCUUUAUGUGUGGCUCCCUCAGUGGCACCUGCUCUACACUCCUCUUCCAGCCUUUGGAUCUGGUGAAGACACGACUGCAGACCCUGCAGAACAAUGCCAAGCCCGGCGCACCCAAGGUGGGAAUGUUUAGCGUUUUCAUCAAUGUUAUUAGGACAGAGAAGUUCUUCAGUCUGUGGAAAGGUGUUUCACCGUCAUUUGUGCGCUGCAUCCCUGGGGUGGGUAUCUACUUCAGCACCUUCUACUCCCUGAAGCAGCACUUCUUCCUGGACCGAGCUCCCAACGCUGGCGAGGCAGUUCUGCUCGGAGCGGGUGCCAGAGCUGUGGCCGGAGUCUGCAUGUUACCAUUCACAGUCAUCAAGACGCGCUUCGAGAGUGGCUUUUACAGUUAUGUGAGUGUGCCCGGUGCUCUGAGGAGUAUGUAUGAGACGGAGGGAAUCAGGGCUCUGUUUUCUGGGCUGACUGCCACGCUGCUCCGCGACGCUCCUUUCUCCGGCAUCUACGUCAUGUUUUACAGCCAGGCCAAGAGAGCGCUGCCUCAAGAGGUGACCUCGGCGCCCUACGCCCCGCUGGUGAACUUCAGCUGUGGGGUGAUUGCGGGUGUCAUGGCAUCAGUAGUAACGCAGCCUGCAGAUGUAGUGAAGACUCACAUUCAAGUCAGACCCUCCCACUGUAGCACAGCGGGUGCAGUUCGCCGCAUCUACAUGGAGCACGGCAUGGCUGGGUUUUUUCGUGGAGCUGUGCCCAGGUCUCUUCGACGCACUCUCAUGGCUGCCAUGGCUUGGACUGUGUAUGAACAGCUGAUGGCUCGAAUGGGCCUCAAAUCCUGAAGAGCAAAAGUUUUUAGCUGCAAGAGAAGGGAAAGAGCUAUAAGAGGAUACUUCUGUAUUAUUAUUAUUAUUAUUAUUAUUAUUAUUAUUAUUAUUAUUAUUAUUAUUAUUAUCAUCUAAGAAGUAAAUGGAGCUGAGGAGCUUACAGGGUCAGUGAGCCAGCAGUAACAAGAUAAUAAGCAAAGGAAGCAGGUGGAUAAAUGCCUGAAACACAUGAGUAGGAGUGCUCUGUGUGUGUGUGUGUGUGUGAAACUGUUCGGGACUGUGAUGUUACACCUGAAGCACUCUUAUGUCCGUCUCGGACUGUAGUGACACUCCCUGCUGUGAAGUGAACUCGUCCCUCCUAAUAUUUAUGUUCCUGAGGUAUGGCUACUAGCGAUCAGAAAACGGGGCCAAUGGCUCUUCUGGCUAACAGAGUUGCCUUUGACGAUGUUUUAAAAUACCGUAGAAACGAACGAGACACUCAAUAAGCUGGUGUCCCUUACAUCCGAUGAAGAAGCAAAGCACUGCAGGUUCUGCCAUAUUUGUUCUGACAAGAUUGAGCAAUGUUUCGCACUUGCUGACUGAUCUUUUUUUUUUUUUUUUUUUUUUUU